CGGCCCGCCCCGAUCCCACGCGAUCCUCCCUCCUGCCCGGGAACCAUGCCCAAGAAAGAUAAUAAUAAAUAAAGAAGGCAAAGUGAAUUACAUGCAGCUGAAGAAGGAUUUUGACCAGAAAAAGGCAACAAUACAGUUUCAUCAGCCUCAGAGAUUUAAGGAGGAGCUGUGGAAGAUUCAGGAGAAGCUGGAGUGCUGCUUUGGGUCUCUGGUGGGGUCCAAUGUUUCCAUCACUCCCCAGGGAUCCCAGGGCCUUCCUCCUCACUAUGAUGAUGUUGAGGUGUUUAUCCUUCAGCUGGAAGGCGAGAAACACUGGCGGCUCUAUAAACCAACGGUGCCUUUAGCUGGGGAAUAUGAUGUGGAAUCAGAAGAUAGGAUUGGGAAUCCCACACGUGAGUUCAUAUUGAAGGUAUGA